AACUCGUUCCGUCUUCCCAUCUUUAUAUAGUUAGUUGGUUGACUUCAAAUCCAGGCAGCCCCAGCUGACUCAGCUGCAACCGCCGAGAUUCGCGAGAGAUUUCCUCCGUCGCCCACCAAAACCCACCCAAAGUUUUCUGCCGAUUUCCGGCACCUGCACGCUGGUUCCUAUCUGCUGCGCUCAUCAUUUUGCAUGUGUUAACGGGUCCCGCGGUUCCAAGACCGUCGGUUGUUUCUUGAUUUAUACUGAUGGAUCUGGAGUUCCGGGGUGUCCUCGCACCGACUGGGUUGGCGACGCAUGCCAAUCUGAUAACACCCCCGGCCUCCUCUAGCGACCUUCGGAGCACCCCGAGGCUGCCCCGGCCGGUGACAGGCUUCGACUUCGCGUCCAAAAAUUUAGACUCUUGCGGCAUGGAGAAGAUCCCCGCCAUCACGGGCAAGCGGAGGGGUGGCUGUAGAAAGGCCUGUAAUGAGUGUAAACAGCAAAAGCUUCGAUGCGACAUUGUGCAGACUCCCGCGGACGCUUGUUCGCGCUGCCGCCGGCUUCAAAUAGAAUGCAAAGUCGAGCCCACUUUUAAACGCAUCUCGAAACGAAGGCGUAAUGCUGAAAUGGAACGGGAGAUCGCAGAGCUCCGGCGGCGGCUUGCUACUGGUGAUCAGUCGCAGUCUGUAGAAGCCAAUGGCAGCGACGAGCUCUCCCAGUGUUCCGAGGAUGUAUUCUGUCCUGAUGCGGCAGUUGCGAGCAGAGCGCGGCCGCUGUCGGCGCCGUUGGAGCCUCAGCCUAUGGCUACCCCUUUGACCAUGCACAGAGAUGGGUCUAUUCUUUCCCAAGAUGAUAACCCAUGGAGGCUGGAAGAUGUCUCGCUGUCCAGGACAAGGGUUGCCCGUCUGUUUGAACAGUUCUUCAAGUACUAUCACCCGUUUCUUCCCCUGUUGAAUCCGCAGAAGCCUCCGGAUGAGUAUCUGCGCCGCUGUCCUUUGCAGGCUUGGUCUAUCAUCUGUGUCGCUAGCCGACGAGCGCCCUCGGAACCCGGUCUCCUCAGCGCGCUCUCGGGGCCUUUCAGCAGACUGCUUUGGUCUACCAUUACCGGAGUUCCCCAAGACUACCGUGUGGUCAAGGCUCUUUGCCUUCUCUGCACCUGGCCAUUGCCCACUACCAGCCAGAGGACUGAUGCUACCUUUAUGCUGAGCGGGCUAAUGAUGCAGAUUUCCAUGCAGCUUGGGUUGCACCGUCCAGUCCAAGCGGAGGAGUUCACCACUUUCCGGAUGGAGGUUCAAGGCGAGGCCGUCAAGGAUCGUCUGCAGACGUGGGUCAUUUGUAACAUUGUGGCUCAGAACGUCGCCACCGGCUACGGACAACCUCCAUCAACCAUCUACGACUGGGCACUCGAGCCCGCAUCGCUUCGAGAUGCAGACUAUCACCCUUCCGAAGACCUCAAGACUCGACUGCGUAUCGAGAAGUUCUGCGACCGUGUGACUAAAGCACUAUACAGCAGCAAGCCGGACCCGGUGGAGUUCAUUAGCUCAGAGAAACUGCUGAUUGUACAGCUCUUGGAGAAUGAGCUUCGGGACAUGGAGGUUGAAUUUGGCCGCGAUAUUUCCAACAUUAAUAUGAUCCAUCUACGAGCAGCUGAGCUGCAUCUACGAUAUUUUGUAUUCCUAGGCUCUAGUGCACGAAGUGAUGAUCUGACGAAGCUAUUCAUCGCUACCACAUCGUUCCUCGGUCGUGUGCUCGACCUGGAAACCUUACCUGGAGAGCUUAUCGGGCAUGCCACCAACUACAUUCUGCAGAUGAUUGUUUCCGCCGCAUUUGCCCUUAUGAAGCUGCUGAAGAGUGAAUUUCGACGCCACAUUGACUUUGAACAUGGGAAACUGUUGUUCAAUGGAGCCAUCUCGGCUAUCAGGAGAAUUAGUGUCAUGGACCACGACCGUCCAGUGCGCCUGGCUGACAUUCUGGCGCAAAUGUGGAAUGCUGGUAGCCCCGAGGGCCCAGCAGGAGAGGAUGCCCUGCAGCUGAAAGUGCGCUGCCGGAUGAGCAUGAGCCAUGUCUAUGAUACUGUCUGGCGUUGGCGCCAACGAUUCCGCCCUAUGAAGAGCAUUGAGGAUCCGCAAGCUACUAUGGCGAACCCUAGUGUUUCCGCGACGGCCGGUCCUAUGACUCGGCAGCAGCAGGAAGAGGCGCUGGCGGACCCGGGAUUGAUCUACCCACCGAACUUCGACCAAGGGGCCUUUAUCAGCGAAGCCGGGUUUUCGGAGGUCUUCGAUUCGCUCAACUGGGUCUUUGAUGGAAUUCCGGACACGUUUGUUGCCCCCCCAGUCAUGUAGGCCAAGUCACGCAUUGCAUCUCAGGCGUCGGUGGGAGUUUCUGUUUCGUGCGGAUUGACAGCAGUGUACACACAAAAAGAAAAAGCUAAAACCGGGUGAUAAAAUGGACAAGAGGAUGAAAAGGAAAGGCAUUUAUAUUUCUGUGGAUACCUUGUACGCUGUUCUGUACAUAUGUUCAUGCUUAUGACGUUCCCACUAGAUACCAUUGAGAAUUGAUAGCGUUAAAAUUGACUAGACAGGAUGCUAGAGAGUUCACGGAUCGGAGUAGUAAUUGUGUCACCCAAUAAGUUAGACUAGUAACCCCACCCUAGUGGCCUAUCUUCCUCUCUUCAGGUUUUCUUUCAUACAUUGACAGGCCGAUGGAGACAGAGUUAACUACAAAGAAGGAUUAUUGUAGAGCUACUGCGAUAAUGACAACUCUCAUCCGAUCACCAACUUUGACUUGAUCAGUAGAUAGAUCUGCCACCAUGCAACGACGACGAUGAUGA